AUGGACAACUGUGAGGACAUCAUCCCAGAAGAGACUUUGCAGCAGAACAAGAUCCUCAAGGUCAUCCGCAAGAACCUUGUGAAGAAGUGCCUUGAGCUCUUCUUUGAGAUUGCUGAGAACAAGGAGGACUACAACAAGUUCUACGAGGCAUUCUCCAAGAAUCUGAAGCUCGGCAUCCACGAGGACUCUCAGAACAGAACCAAGAUCGCUGAGUUGCUCCGUUACCACUCAACCAAGAGCGGUGAUGAAUUGACCAGCCUCAAGGACUACGUGACGAGGAUGAAGGAAGGUCAGGAGGACAUCUUCUACAUCACCGGUGAGAGCAAGAAGGCUGUGGAGAACUCUCCAUUCCUCGAGAAGCUCAAGAAGAAGGGGUACGAAGUCCUUUACAUGGUUGAUGCCAUUGACGAGUACGCCAUUGGUCAGCUCAAGGAGUUUGAGGGAAAGAAGCUCGUCUCUGCAACAAGGAAGGUCUGA